CAGCCGGUGGCCCCUCCCGCGGGGCCGUUUGGAGCAGCGGUGCCCCCUACGGCCUCCUGGGGGCGCUGCGGGGGAGGGGCUGAGUGGGCAGCUCUCGGGCUCCAGACGCUUUCACUCGCUUGUUCCGUACGUACUUCACUCACUCGCAGGGAGGUUUCCCGGCCGGCUGCCGCAUCUGCUCCCUGUGUACCAGGAGUUCCCCCAGGGUGCCCACGGCCCCGCUCCCACCGGGCCACGCUAGACGCUGCUGCGCCCGACGGCUUCAUGGGCGUCCCCCCAGUCCCGGAGGCCAGCGGCCAGCGCUGGGGGCCUGUGCUCUUCGCUCUCUUCCUGGCUGCCUCCCGAGGUCUGGUGGCAGCUUUCAAGGUCGCCACGCCAUACUCCUUGCAUGUGUGUCCUGAGGGGCAGAACGUCACCCUCACCUGCAGAAUCUUGGGCCCUGUGGCUAAAGGGCACGACGUGACCUUCUACAAGACCUGGUACCGCAGCUCACGGGGCGAGGUGCAGGCCUGCUCGGACCGCCGGCCCAUCCGCAACGUCACGUUCCAGGACCUCCAUCUGCACCAUGGCAGCCACCAGGCCGCCAACACCAGCCAGGAUCUGGCCCGGCACCACGGACUGGAGUCUGUCUCUGAUCACCAUGGCAAUUUCUCCAUCACCAUUCUCAACCUGACCGCUCUGGACAGUGGCCUCUACUGCUGCCUUGUGGUGGAGAUCAGGCACCACCACUCAGAGCAGAGGGUCCACGGAGCCAUGGAGCUGCAGGUGCAGAGAGGCAAUGAAGCACCAUCCAAGUGCAUUGCGUACCCACCUUCCCGCAGGGAGAGUGAAAACAUCACGGCUGCCGCCCUGGCUACAGGCGCCUGCAUCGUGGGCAUUCUCUGCCUUCCCCUCAUCCUGCUCCUGGUCUAUAAGCAAAGGCAGGUGUCCUCCAACCGCCGUGCCCAGGAGCUGGUGCGGAUGGACAGCAAUGCUCAAGGACUUGAAAACCCUGGCUUUGAGGCCUCUCCGCCCCCCCAGGGGAUGCCAGAGGCCAAGCCGAAGCCCCCAUUGUCCUACAUGGCCCAGCGGCAGCCUUCUGAGUCUGGACGGCACCUGCUUUCAGAGCCCAGCACUCCCCUGUCUCCAGCGGGCCCCGGGGAUGUCUUCUUUCCAUCCCUAGACCCUGUCCCUGACUCUCCAAACUCUGAGACCAUCUAGACCAGCUGGGGGCCAGUGGGCAGCUGUGGCGGGGCCUGGGGCAGGUGCAUUUGAGCCAGGCUGGCAUUCUGAGGGGUCCCUGGGCCUCACCUCUGGCUUCCUCCCUCCCGCUCCGAGUCCAGAUUCUCUGAGAUACCCCGAUGGCCAGAUUCUCAGCCUUUCUGGAUGCCACAUGGCAGAAGGGAGAAGAUGUUGGAUCGUUCUGCUUAUCUCAAGGACGGUGGGGUGCUGGGAUCCCACUCCAGAGGCCUGAAAUUCACCAGCUACAGAUGCCAAAUCACCUACAUCCUAGAAGCCCCAGAAUUUCCAGCUCUGUGGCAGCCUUUCUUCCUAGGACACGAGCCCUGGGACUUGACAGCAUAGAUGGGACAAGGUGGGCACUGAGCAGAGCCCCCAGUGCCACCCUCCCAGGAAUGAGACACAGGACGAGAGGUGGACAGAUUCUUCCCCACUGUGGUGGACCGGCUUCCCCCACCAUCUCGCCUGAGGCUGCCCAUCUGUCACACUCACUCUUUGUAACCAUGGAGCUCGGGGCCUGCCCACCCCCAGGCACAGGAGUCUUCCCAGCUGCCUCCUACCAUCAACCUCUCCUAGGAGCUGUCAACAGGUUAAGCAAAGCUGGGGCUCCCAGUGCCUAUAGUUUGGCCCCCAAAACAGGAAGUACACAGUGGGGCACCGUGGCCAUGGUGAGCCAACUGGCAUCUUGGGCCAUGGAGGCCAGGCCAGAGGCUGCACUGCCCACCACAGACAGGGGUGAGGCAGAGCCAGGGGCCUGCUGGGAAGGUGAGUGGGGAGGGCUCCUUUGCCACUGCCU